UUUGCUUUCCCCCGAACAAAAAAACGAGAGCGGCGGCGGCGCACAGUGGUGAGGAGGUGAGAUGGACACCGCAGGGAGUUCGAUGGGAAGGAGUGGCGAGUCCAUGUUUACCGAGGAGCUCUAUCAGGCUGGAAUCUGCAUGCGGGAGAGCAUCCGAUGAAUCGAGGCCCAGGACCAGGAGGCCAGGAUCGAGGAGAUUGCACAUAGCGACUCUGGCUAUGAUAAUCUUCCGGAUUUCAGAGUGGAUAUGGCCGUCUUGACGGACAGGAUCUUUCAAUUGUGGCACAGGAUGGGCGCGAUGCAGAGCGCCGGUUGGAUCGGCAAUGAAGGGGAAUCGAUGGAGACCCAGAGCAAGAUUGGCGACGGCGGAGAGAUGGAAGCCGGAGGGAAGUCGUCGGAGAGAAGCAGGAGUGCCGGAUCCCUAGAGCUCAAGAAUCUGCUCUACCGUGCCGGAAUCCUCACCGGUGGAGAGAUAGGCGGAGACACAGAAAUCGAGGAGCUGUUUGAUCUGUUUGCAAAUGAGGCCAAUGAGUGGAUCGUUGGCCAGGCAGACAGUCAACUCCGAUGGGAAACUGUGCAAGAAUUGACAGUCCAAAUCCUGUUGAAAUUUGAAGAAGUGGUGGGUGCUGACAUUCUUAAGGUAUUUGAAGAAAAAACCAUCAGGGAGGAGGCAAUGGCAGUGCUUAGGUUCGGCUUCAGACUGUCGUUGUUUUCCGAGCAGAUCGAUGAGCUGAGGCAUGAGAUGUGUAACAUUUUGAGAUCGUUCUCCCCAGAAAACAAAGAUAUAAGGAGCACCAUGAAGAAGUUUAUUUCUGAGCCAUAUCUAUCUCGUAUCUCCAAAUUGCAAUUGAUCUCUGAACGUAUUAGCAUGCUCCAGCAAAUGGACCCAGCCUUCGACUUCAAAGUGAAAUCAACAAUUAUCAAGUUGAAAUCAGAAUCUUUCUUGUCAGCAAUGAAGGAGUUGGAGAACGACAGCCCCAGGGAAGGCCAAGAACACUCCAUGGAGAUGGAGGAGAAGAAAUUCGCUGCAUACUGUCUGUACUGGGAACGCAUAUGGGGCAAGGAUGGCCACAGCUUCGAAAACCAGACGUUAUUGAGCCCCAUGCAAUUUACGCAUUGCACACCAGGCCACAUUCCAACUGAAGCUGUCGCUGGGAGUACCUUACAAAUCUACUCCAUCAAAGUAUCACUAGUAAAACCCGAUUUUUUGCCACUGCCGGUGUAUGGAGUGGUUGCAGUCCGUGAUGCUGUGGACCGUCGUCGCAACCCUCUAUUCCUCUGUUCAAGAGAGCACUGCCAAAUCCUCGAAGAAAAUGAUUCUUUCUUGCACUUGACGGGCCCGGUUCGUGCAAUUGUCUCGAUGGAUACUAUUUACAUUGAAAUCCAAUUAAUAGUAAAGGGCACAAAAAAAUCGGAAGAUACACCAUUGAUCAGUACAUUUGGCUUUUACAAUGCUGACAAUUCCGGUACCUAUCUUGCCAAAAAUGACUUUUGCAAAGUGGAGUUGUGCUGUGAGCAACUUAAACAGUCGGUCCAGGCCACUAUCUUGAGUGUGGCUGUUACACCAAAACAGGAAUCGUUGCCUUUUCUACAUGGUGGUGGAGUUGUUUGCUAUUCAUUGCCUCAGGAGGGUAGUGAAGAUAUCGCUGAGCAAGCAUCAUGUAGGCAAGUUUGGCUGCUUGAUUCAAAAUGUGGAAGAAUGCCUAUGACUGAAAAUGGCUACCUUGAUCUGGCAAGGAAUGUAGUUUCUGUGGAAUUAAAUGGAAAGCUGCAGGUCCUCAUAAUGGACGAUUCACAGACUGAGAUUGCUGCUAAAUUCGUCCUUGAAUCUGAAAAAUACAACACAAGUGAAUGUGAAUGCUCCCUUGCUGAUGGCUCUAAGGUUGAGAUUACUGUUGCUUGGUCCCUCGUUCACUCAAAGAUGCUACAGUCAGAUGACAGUGGGAUGGCGACCACAGGGAAUUUGAAGGGAAGAAGUGGCGAGCCCAUUUUAAGCGAGGAGCUCUGCCAGGCUGCAAUCUUCAUGCAGAAGAGUAUCUGCUGGAUCCAGGCCCAGGAGAAGAAGAUGGUGGAGAUUGGAUAUUACGGCUCUGCGGAAUACAAGAAUCUUCAGGUGUUGAAAUUGGAUAUGUAUGAGCUGUCGAAUAAGAUCUUUGGUCUUUUCAAUUAUGAGACCCAGAAGAGGAUCCGCGCGAUGCAGAAUGCCUGUUGGAUCAGCAAUAAAGGGAAAUUGACAGAUACCCAGAGCAAAAUUGGCGAUGGCAUUGAGAUGGAUACUGGAGGGAAGUCGUCGAAGGGAAGCAGUGGCGAGUUUAAAUUGGCGAGCAUUGGCAAUGAAGGCAUAAUGGUACAGACACAGAGCAAGAUUGGUGACGGUGGCAAAUCAGUCUCCAAGCAGUUCAAUGAGCUGCCGGUCAAUAACUCAAUCCCCAUAGCUGAAUCUGUCAGAAACAAGAUUGAGGAGGCAGAGGCAGAGACUGUUAGGGCUGAGGUGGUGCCGAGGGUCAGCUUCAAAUUAGCUCUGCUCUCCCGGCAGUUUGAUGAUCUGUGGGACAACAUGUGCCAGCUAGUCUCAACAGAACCAAAAUUUCUAGCGAUAUGCAUGCUUAUUCGGGAGCCCUUCGCACACUAUUGCUCCACAUUGAAGUUUAUCUCUGCAGUUUUUGACCGGCUUGGUCAAUGGGUGCCAGAUUUCAGAGAGGGAUUGGAAUUGAUAAAGUUAAACCUGGACAGGGAUAAGGAUGUGGAAGUUGAGGAUGUGUAUGAGGCGACGAAGGUGGCUGAGGAGUAUUAUUUCAAUGCUUACCGUAGAGAUUGGGAAUGUAGGCGCAGCAACUUUGGCAGCUUCGAAGACCCAACAUUAUUGAGCCCUAUGUACUUUACCCAAAUCAUACCAGGCCACACCGAAGUGGGUGCUGAACUCGGGAGGACCAUGCAGGUCUACUCUAUUAAAGUUGCAGAAAGAGAAGGCUUCACCCUUGAGUGGCCACUGAAGGUAUACGGUGUAGUCGCUGCCCGAGAUGUUGUGGACUAUCGUCGCAACCUUCUCUUCCUUCGCACUAGGGAUGACUGCCAAAUCCUCACGACAGAGUAUCCUUUCUUGCACUUGACUGGCCCGUCUCGUGCAAUUAUGUCCAAGGACACUGUUACAAUUGAAGUUCAUCUAAAGUUAAAGGGCACAGUGGAAUCUAAAGAUACCACAUUGAUCAGUAAAGCCUUUGAUGAUUAUGACGGUGUUUCUACGUGUCUCCUCCGUGGCCUUUGUGACAUUGAUUUAUGCUAUGAUCAUCUUGAACAAUCACACCAAGCCACUAUCCUCGGUGUCCGUGUUGUUAAGGGCUCAUUGCCUUGUGACAAUGGCAUCAAAGUCAUUUGCUCCACGCUACCUGGGGACAAAACUGAAGGCAGUGGCUCUGGGCAUGUUUUGCUGCUUGAUUCACAAGCUGGAAAAAUGCCUAUGAGUAAAGAGGGUUAUCUAGAUCUGUCGAGACAGGUUGUAUCUGUAAAAUCAAGAGGGAGCCUGGAAAUUCUCAUGCAGGCUGGAGGAAUCAGUCAAAGUGUCGUCUUUCCAACCAAAUUCAGCAACGUAAGUCGAAAAAGUUGUAAGCUUGGUGAUUGUGAAGUGCAGAUAACUGUUGCUUGGUCCUUACUCAUUGAAAGCCAGCAUGAUAUCUCGGUGAAUGGAUCUGUACACCCUUACGCAUGGGAAUCAAUUCCACGUAUGCCCAUCAUGAAGCUUGCUGACGCUUGUUGAUAUCAUGUGAACUGUUGCCUGGUGAAGUUGUCUGCUACUUCUAGCUUAUUGUGUGUGCUAAUUGUUCCUACCACUAUGAUACAAGGCAUUCUUCUCUGAUAACUUUGGUCUUGUGUCUAUGCUAAUUGUUCCUGUACUAUUAUGAUGUAGUAUAAGACAAGGUCUAUAUUUCA